UUGAUGCGACGGUAAUUUUGCACGAGUGGAUGUUGGUGCUGCAAUCCAACCGUAAAUCUGUGACUAAACAUGACGGAAGCGUCCGAUAAGCGAAAACUCAGUGAAUUACGUGUGGUGGACCUAAAGCAGGAGCUGGAAAAACGUGGCAAGGACGGCAAUGGGGUGAAAAAUGUGCUUCUGGAACGGCUCACACAGACGCUGCGUGAGGAAGGUCAUGAUCCGGAAUCGAUGGAGUUUGAGAUUGUCGUUGGCAAAACUUCCGUAAAAAAGGGUAAAGCUAACGCGGGCGGUAAGACCGAUGAAGAAUCGAGUAACACGGAUGCGGCGGUCACCAACGAAUCGAUUGCUGAAAUAACGGAGACCAACGCAGCUUCCGAGGAAGGCAAAUCAUCCGAGGAAGAGGUUGCAAAUGAAAGUGAAAAGACAAAUGACGAUGAGGAUGAACAGGGCACGAAAGCCGAAUCUGUGAUGCAGGAAGUCGGCGAAGAGAAGGAAUCAAACGCUGCUGAAGAAGCUGCACAAGAGAAAACAAACUCAAAGCAGGAGAAGGACGAUUUUGUGAAGCCAACAGAAACUGUUUCGCAGGGAAAAUCCGUCCCAAAGCAACAAGAGCAAAAUAAACCCGUGGAUAUGAAGGAAGACUCGAAGGAAGCGGACAACGAAGAUUCGUUAAACCUUACGAUUGGCGAGGAAGAUGAAAAGUUGCUACACGACAGCAACAUGGACGCUGAUCAGAAAGAGGUCGACACUCAGAAGAAGGAGCAACCGGCCGCAAAGGUUAAGGAUAGUGCUUCGGAAGAAUCGAAGAAAAAUGACGAAAAACGCGAGGGCAAGAUCGAGAAAAGCGUGGUCGCAUCUAGCACCGAAAAAGACGGCGCGGCAGCAAAAACAACAGCAUCAACGGCGGCUUCAGCGCGAACCGGAGGCGAAAAGGCGACGACAGCUUCGCCCGCAAACACCACAUCCACUGCGGCAACCACUGGUGGCGCCGCUGGAGGUGAUGAGAAAACCAAGGGCAGCUCCGACGGUGGAAGCGGCACGGCUGCUAAUGUAGGUCGCAAUCUGUGGGUAUCGCGGCUAUCCUCGCUCACCCGGGCCACCGAUCUAAAACAGAUCUUUUCAAAGUACGGCAAAGUGAUUGGCGCCAAGGUGGUCACUAACUCGCGCACUCCCGGUACGCGCUGCUAUGGGUACGUCACGAUGGCAUCGGCUAAGGAUGCGACGGAGUGUAUCAACCAUCUACAUCGCACUGAACUGCACGGUAGGCUAAUUUCGGUGGAGCGCGCGAAAUCUGAGCUGGGACCGGCACGCUCAUCCUCUGCAGGAACGGAUUCUUCAUCAGCGAAAGUGACCACCUCCAAUGGCAAUGCUGCGGCGAAGAGUUCAUCCGGGGGUAAAAGCGACGCGAAGCCAAAAUCUUCCACAUCUAACGAUAAGAAGAAAAAUGGCGAAGUUUCAAAGUCGACCGUUACUACCACCGACAAGGACAAGAAACCAGCACCGAAAGAUCGUGCAAAACCAACUCGGCCUACUAAGCCUGCGACGGACGGUAAACGUCCGUUAACUGCAGCUACAUCACGGGCUGCGACUGGGGGCGAAAAAAGUUCCACAGUUGGGCGAAAAAGCACCGACACAGCAACAGCAACAGCAAACACUGGAAGGCGCAGCCGCGAUCGGAGCCGAACGUCCCGUGAUCGACGUUCGAACACGCACGGAUCAUCACAGGUACGCGAUCGUGACCAACAACAGCAGCAGCAACGUUCUCGUGCCGGUAGCCGAGGGACAACCGGAGCAACAGGAGCAACAACCGCCAAAGAACCUUCCCGAGAUUCUCGUGAAGUUCUGUCUUUGCAGAAGAUCCGCGAGGAACGGGAACGCCAUCGGUUGCGCGAACGGGAGCGGCAAUUGCGCGAGGAGGAACGACGUCGGCGGGAAAUACGAGUUCGACAGCGCGAAGAGGAAGACCGACUACAGCGGGAACGCGAAAAGCUGGCUGCCGAACGCGAGCGAAUCGAAAAGGAGAAAGCGGAAUUGCUGCGGAUCGUACGCGAGCGGCAGAAGCUCGAGCGAGAGAAGAUAGAACUCGAGCAUCUGGAGCUGAAACAGCAGCAAAGGAAGAUCGAAGAGGCAAAGAGGUCGCUGAAGCGUCCUUCUACCGAUCGGUAUGAUGAUGACCGCAAACGUCCUGCACCAGAUCGUCGUGUUGAAGCUCCACCGCCGCCAAGAUUCGAUUCGACCAUCUCGUCCGGUUCGGGUAGACGCAGCAACUACGAUCGCAUUUCGUCGUCGGACAAAAAGCCCCGCCUGGAUGAUUAUCCGUCGUCAUCGUCCUCCGCCAAGCGCGAUGACUUCAGACGAGAUAGCUUCAAACGUGGAGGUGGUGAUGAUUAUAGGCGCGGCGGGGAUGAUUACAAGCGUGGGGACGACUUUAAGCGAGGCGGUGGGGACGACUUUAAGCGUAGCGGUGGGGACGACUUUAAGCGUGGCGGUGGGGACGACUUUAAGCGCGACUCCCGGGACGACUACAAAUCCAGCGGUCGUUCGGGCGAUGAUUAUGGCAAACGGGACAGUGGGUACAGCAAGCGCGACCUAGAUCGUCCCAUUUCUAGCUCGUACGAUGGUCGGGGUGGUGGUGGCGGUGGCGGUGGUGGUAGUGGACUAUUGUCGCAAUCUAUAGGCAAAGAAGGACGAUACAGCGAACGUUCGAACGACUACCGUGGUGGAGGUGGCGCCAGUGGUGGCAGUGGAGGUGGUGGUCUGAAUGGUGGUAGCGGUGGCGGCCGAGGUGGUGGUGAAGAUCGCGAUCGCAACAAUUCCUCCAGCGGUCGAUAUGGGAACGAUCGUGCUAGCGGCGGUAAUGGCACUGCUUCCGGUGGCAAUUGGCACAACAGUGCGGGCAUGUCCCAGAUCAGUGGCAUAUCGUCGCUGGGAAACUGGGGAGACAAAACGAACGAUGGUGGCGGUAGCGGUGGAGGUGGCUGGCGCAAUAUGGACAAUGGGCAGGACCGGUACGAUCGGACGUACAAUGAACGUAAACCGAUGCAGAUAUCUUCCGGUGGCGGUGGGUUUAUCGAUCCGCCACGCACGAAUCAGUUUAUGGGUGGAAGUGGUGGCGGAAGGCCUCAGGAUCGUUAUGGGCAAUCGAUGUCCAAUCGUUUCGACAAUGCUCGGUACUAAACCUCCAAUUCAGCUUUCAGUGGUAGGUUAUGGUGGUGAAGUUGAAGUAUUUAAGUUAACAUUUGAAUUCCUCCUUUUUCGAAGAUCAAUUGGCGGUAUUGGGUUUUCCGUCUUUCCGCAAUGGGAGGAGCUUUCCUACGUGUAGGGUACGAGUGUUCUUGAUUCACAACUAAAUCGUGUUAUUAUGCGGUGUUAUUUGUGCAUCUUCUAAGAUACCGCGGAAUAGGUAUUCAGUAAAAAAUGAGCAAGAGAAGUCAGGUGAACGGACAGUAGCGUGCUAAGCGGUACUGGACAAACGAUUGGUGCGAUUGGAGGGACUUUCCUGCUACGCAUGGUAAAGCGUAACUCUAGUAAGGCAAUAUAAGACAUUCAACCUCAAUUAGACCGUUUCGCACCAUAAGAAUUCUAGUUUUUAAUGUUAGCUGUACACUGGAUACACAUAGUACGUGUAGGUUUUUAAAAUAUUGAAUUCGAACAAUAGGGGGUAAUCCAUCACAAACACUACAUUUUGCACAGUUCAAUAUCUGUUCCUACCAGUUUAAUGUUCGAAUAAGAACUCAAACCUGAAUGUUUAUCGCUAGAACCCGAAGUGUAGUGCAGGCAGUAAAGCAAGCUAUCUAAUCUACUUUCUCUAUCUGUCUAUUACCCAAUAACGUACCGCCACAAGCCAGCCAAUGUCCCACUUGCAAUUGUAAUUACCGACAAAGAUUAAUUGAAAGUGACGCGCGUUCACUGCAAUGCGCGUGAAAUUAAUGAACUACGGCUAAAGUUUUGUAUGUUUUACAGACAGGAUUUUUUAUUAUUUUGGAAUGCAAAAUAUAGCAGUAGUACCCAAGUUGAACAACGCGA